AUGGAGGGUCUGAUUCCUUUUGUUUAUAGGGCCAUCGUCCAAUACAAGAAUGGAAGAGAGGGCGUUUUGGCAACAUGGUUCAGUGAGUCACCCUCAGCUUCAUACAUGAGACUCCCUACUGGAGAUUCUGGCAGGUUUCAGGUGUCUGAUAAACAAGUCUUUCAAUCAGAUUAUGGGGAUUUCUCUGCUUCCUCGCCAUCUUCCAUGGCUACUUCUUCUACUACUAAGAUUAUUUUAUCAACUGGAGUUCAGUCUCCUGUCUGUCGCUUGACUUCCCGCCGCGUCGUUGCAUGA